UACACUUUAGGGUAUAAAUCUACACUUAAAACUUUACGUCAAGGCAAAGCCAAACUUGUUAUCAUCUCUGGCAAUUGUCCACCUUUGAGAAAGCAUGAAUUAGAAUAUUAUGCAAUGCUUUCAAAAACUUCAGUACAUCAUUACGCUGGCAACAAUAUUGACCUUGGUACUGCUUGUGGUAAAUAUUUCCGUGUUGGGGUUUUAAGCAUCACAGAUGCAGGUGACUCUGAUAUUCUUUCUAGCUCCUCUUCUUAG